AAAAACUGUGGGGAUCCUUCAUUAUCAUCAAAAUAUUGUCCCUCUCUCUGUCAAGUUUAAUAAUUUAAUGUUGUACUGUACCUGUAAUUGGAGAUCUCAAGCAGCUUUACCGAUACUGGGGUGAAAAUCUCUCUCAAUUUUCUCUCUCUUUCUCUCGCAGAAACAACUUUCUGUUCCUUUCAAUUUUUUCUUCACUGACAGAGAAUACCUGUGCACGCACGCAUACUCAAUACCAAAGCCAGUAGAGCCCAUACGGCCAUACAUACAUCAUGUAUUAUCUAGAGAGAGAGAGAAGAAUCACACCCUCUAUCAGACAUGUCUAGAGAGAGAAUGAAACAGAGUAGGACAAGGACGGGCAGGAAAACACAGAGAGAUUUUUCUUCCAAGUCAGAUCAUAUCUAUAUAAUUUUUAUUUUCUUUUUGGACUUUUUUCUUCUGCCAUUCAAUUCAUCAAAUCCCCAUAAAAGCCUUUAUGAAUAACACCUUUUCACUCCCAUGUUACAUAACAAACCAAUCACACCCAAUUUUUCAUUCCGCAGAAUUUCUCUUCCAUUUUGUUAAAGAUCGUUCCUUUUCGUUCUUCGUCUGCUUGUAUGAGGGAAAUUCAUAGUGGGUUUUAAUGUCUUUUUGAGAACUUACGGUUGAGAGUUUCAUCUUUUUUUGGGGAGGAGGGGGGCCGUUUCUGUUUUGGUUAGUUUGUUUUGAGUUGUGUUUUAAUGGAGCUUUACCGCCAUUUUGAUCACUGUGACACCCACUUGCCUCCCGGGUUUCGGUUCCACCCAACUGACGAGGAACUCAUUACAUUCUAUCUCUUGAAGAAGGUUCUUGACAGUAACUUUACUGGGAGAGCAAUUUCUGAAGUGGACCUUAACAAAUGCGAACCAUGGGAGCUUCCUGGGAAAGCUAAGAUGGGAGAGAAAGAGUGGUACUUCUUUAGCCUGAGAGACCGUAAGUACCCAACUGGACUUAGGACUAAUAGAGCGACUGAAGCUGGGUAUUGGAAAGCUACUGGAAAAGAUAGAGAGAUUUACAGUUCAAAGACUUGUGCACUUGUGGGAAUGAAGAAGACUUUGGUGUUUUAUAGAGGAAGAGCCCCUAAAGGAGAGAAGAGCAACUGGGUUAUGCAUGAGUAUCGCCUUGAAGGGAAGUUUGCUUACCAUUACCUCUCUAGGAGCUGCAAGGAUGAGUGGGUGAUCUCCCGGGUCUUCCAAAAGACUGGUGGUGCCAACACAAGCAGUAGCAGCAGUACUGCUGGGGCCAAGAAAAACCGUCUGAACCAAAACAUCGGUCUCAACACAGAAGCCAGCUCUUCUUCUUCAGUCUCUCUGCCGCCUCUCCUUGAACCUGGGAGUACCUCCUCUGUCACAGGGACCACAUCAAACACCACCAUGACCGACCGUGAUUGCAGCUCUUAUGGCAGCCACACCCAAUCCGAGCACGUGUCCUGUUUCUCCACAAUCGCGGCUGCCGCCUCCGCCGCCAACAACUACUACUUUGAUUUCACUCCAAUUCAGCAGCAGCCGCCUCCAUUUCUUGCUAUUGAAGCAGCCUCUAGGUUCCAAACAAAUGCUGGUGUCAAUGCAUUCCCAAGCCUGAGGUCCUUACAGGACAAUCUGCAGCUACCCUUUUUCUUCUCAUCUCCCGGGAUGGUCCCUUCUAUGCAAUCGCCGGCAAUGCAGGACGGCGGUGCUGUUGGCUGCCCUAGUAUGACUUGGGAUUUGGCUAAGGAGGAGAGGGUUGGCUCUGAUGGUGGACGGAUGGCUGUUGGUCCCACUGAGCUUGACUGCAUGUGGAAUUACUAAGACUGUUUGAGAAUUCCAUGUUUAAUCUCUACUGUCAUUAUCUUAUGAUCAGUAGUAUUGCUAUUUCUGAACCUGGAUUUGUGAUAAUGAUGUGUGUGUAGUAAAUAGUAAGUAGUGUUUGUAGGGUAGAUUUGGAAAUUACCUAUGUUGUUAUCUAUCCUUAUAAGAGUGAGAUACUACUCUGCUUAGGAGGGUGACUGCUUUUAACUUUAGUGUUUGAUGUAUGUCCUCAAUGUAGGUUUUAAUUGUGUGUCUACAUUGAACUUGUGAUUCAUAUGGGUAUCUGUUUUUAGGCCUAUAUGGUAUGUAGUAUAAUGCUUGAAUUAGAAAGUUUU